GACAGAGCAGAGCCGGUCUAUCGAGAAGCUGCUUCCCAUGACAGUCGCUCAUUUACGCGUGCUUCAGUAUCAAAACAGCCAGGGACAGUACAACCGCAGCAAGUUUACACACUCACCAGUCUGGCAAAGAUUAUGACUUCAGAGCAUUCCUUUUCCCAAACUCAGAGGCUUUGCUGUAUCUCAACGGGCACCCCUCAAAUAUGUUGUUCAGUCAACAUCUCCUUCUCUUCAUGAGUUGUGUUGCCGGCUUUCCAUCAGCGACAAAGAGAUUAACAACAGAAAAACCCGACCUCACGUGUCUGAAUAAUUACGUGCAAACCGUGAGCUGUACUCUGACAGUCAACAAAUGGAGGAACUCUGAAGAGGAGAAUGCUACCAUCAUUCUAGAAUUCAAACACUUGUUUCUAGAUAACGAUCCGUCUGUGCAAUGCACUCUUGUGAAAGAAGCUGAAAGUUUUGACCGGGUAAGCUACAGCUGCUCACUGGACUUCAAGGAUGAGAUCAUUAGCGAGGACAGAUAUGAAAUCAGCCUUCGAAGACAAUUCAACGGCACAAUAGAAAAAACAGUGGCAGAUACAGGAUAUAGACCAUCACUGCACAUUAACCCUCUUCGUCCGGUCAAUCUGUCUGUCACCCUGAGCUCAGAUCAGUAUAACUUCACCUGGGACACAGGCUACCCUGAUGAUCAUUACCUGGACGAUCACCUGCAGUUUGAAUUGUCAUAUAGAAAGAAAGAAGACGCAUUGCACUCCGAGGAAAAUGUAUUGUCCCGUGCUAAUUGCAUGAGGUUUAUAGAUCUGAAAGCAUCCUUUCUUGAAGCAGACACAGUCUACAUUGCAAAAGUCCGCUCCGCACCCAACAAUAUCAGCUAUAUAGGACACUGGAGUGAGUGGAGCCAGCCGGUAGAGUGGAAGACAGGUGCCCCCGCAGAAAAGAAGUCAGAUAUUAUAGUAAUCGUCGGAUUGAUUGUCAUACCUUUACUACUGGCAGCUGUCAUACUGGUGUCUCUGUACUUCAAUCUUCCAACAAGGUUUAAAUGUGUGCUCUUCACAAAGAUACCAACACCAGAACCAUUCUUCCAGCCUCUCUACAGCAACCACAAAGGGAAUUUCCGGAACUGGCUCAGUCAUCAGAGGGAUCCACUGAGGAAAGAAGAAGAGCUGAAAAUUAACAGACUCACGCAGACCAAGCAGGCGAAGACUGAAGACAGCUUCUUCCUGUGCACUGAGGAAGAGGUCCUCAAUCACAUCACUUACGUCAAGCCUAUCCACCGUGAGUGGAGCUGCUUUGCUAAGCACGGUAACAGUGCUGAUUGCAAGGGGAGCCGAGAUGUUGCGUCUGACAUCGCGAGUAGCCCCCUCGCGGCACUGCCUAAGUCCUUACAGUUUAGCGCGCUCUCCUUGGAUCCAGCAGGAGUCACCAACAGCGAUUCCGGGUGUGACAAUAUGACAAGGAGUCCAGACAGCAGCUGGCAGCAAGCCACCUUCUCAUUUGAGCUGCCCCCUGAACCAGAGAGCCUGUGCUACAGCGAUGAUUAUUGCACGCUCUCUGACACCAACAACGGACUGAUCCCCACCCAAAUGAUUUGGCAGGUGGUGAAGAGCACGCAGAGCCUGACUGGCAGCUGCCCCCUGGCUGCAGAGUCCGGAGAUGACAACAGCGACCCGCAUGAUUCCCAGAACAAAUACGACCCAAAUACGAUUCCUGCAGCGAAUGUCUGACAGACUCCAGUUUCUCCCCUCACAGCUCUUUCCAGAAGGGUUCCUCUGCUCUGUAAAGGGUUAUGUCAAGCAUUUUGCAUUGCUUUUAGCUUGUUUGCACCUCAUAUCCGAUAGGGUGUACACUUUAUAUAUGUCAGAUUUGUGUUAUUAUUAAACUAACAGAGUCAAAAGACAAGUUAUUCAUUCCGGCAAGAAGCAUCAGGUUUAGCAUUACAGUAGUAAGACCAAUCCAAAUUAGAGAGCUUUGAUUUUCCUAGCAGUGGUUAUUGGGGGUAGUGUAACAUAUUGAAAAUACCAUUGUUGGCCGCGUUGUGGUUUCUUACUCAGUUCAAGAUAAUGGUUCACACACACCUCAAAAAUUCCAGUUGUGAUUUUCAUACAGUUUUGUCACUUAUUUAAUUCAGUUGAAUUUAUGUUCACGCACUGGAGCACUGACGUGCAUUCCAUCGCUCUACCAGGGGGUUCCAAGUCUGUUCAGUCUUCAUUGUAUAUAUUCUUGAUUGCUAUGGGAGCUGCAGCUUGCUUUCCAGUGGGACUGUAUUAUGAAAGCUUAGAAAACAGCUGUUUUUCUGUAUACAUUGUGUGGUUCAAACCUUUAUUAACUUUGUUGUAAUUAACUGCUGCUAAUUGUAUAUAGUAUUUUAGUUUAGUUUGUGUUAGAAAAAAACAAUGUCCUACAAAGAAGUAACAUGUGAAACCAUUGAAAUAUAACAGGAUCUGUUUCGCAAUCCUUUUUAACCUGUGUGAAACCUGAGUGCUAACUGGGAAGGUGUCAAGAGAAAGCCAGUUAGGACUCGAUACGAGACUGACCCCUGGAGGGUAAAGCUGAUAUUGCUUUUAAGAUAAUAAACAUUGUCAGCCUCUGUGACUAGCUGCUCAAGCUGAACAAGCUGUAACUAGCUGAAACCUGUGAAGCUUUUGUGCAGUGGUUAGAGCGCUGCCCAAAAAAAGAAAUAUAAAAUGUACAGUACAUGUAGUAAGUUGUACAGCCACUGUUUUAAUUUACAUUGCAUUUGUAAAUAGUGUUCCUGCUUUGGUUCCUUGUUGAAAACUUAUAAACCAGAGCCAAGGUCUCAGCUGAAAGUCGUUCAACAGUGGCCCAUAUUUGACUUGAGGAGGUUUGGUCAAAUUACUUGCUAUGCCACCACUGGCCAGAAAUGUUAGGUUUUUGCAUUUUGUUUUAUUAUUUGUGUGACUCGCGUUCCAUGUUUGUGUAGUUUGAACUGCUGCCGUUUAAAUUUCCCACUACAAAAAAAUGCCAUAUAACCUUGUGGGAAGCAAUUCUUUUCUUUCACUAUAUGCGUUUAUGUAUGUUGCAACUGUUAAAUAUAUGUUCCGCUCUUUGGUUACAUUGCAGUAUAAUAUUGGCCGUGCAUCUAUUUGCUGCUUUACGGUUCAGGUAUUUUGCUGCUGUUCAUAAAUAAAAAAUAAAUACAAAUAAAUACUGAAAUA